GCCCCGGAGCUCGGGGAACUUUCCAGCCGAAGCUCCGCUUCCGCGAAAGCACUACCUGCUGGCGCCCUCCGCUGCCCGCGCCGCUCGCGAGGUUACUUUGUGGAAUGAGCGCUUAAGAAAAAAAGGAAGGAUUGAAGCUCUGGGGAAAACCAAACCAUGUGGUCUUCAGAAGCAAGGAGAGAUGCAACCCUCUGAACUGGUCAUGAACCCCAAACAGGUCUUCCUGUCAGUGCUGGUGUUUGGCGUAGCAGGAUUACUCCUCUUCAUGUACUUGCAAGUCUGCAUUGAAGAACAACACCCAGGGAGAGUAGAAAAGAGAAGAGAACAAAGAGCAACUCCAGGAUGGGGGCCUGUACAUUACUUGAGAUCUACACCCAGAAUCAUGACUAGAGAAAAAAUCCAGGAACAUAUCACCAACCAGAACCCCAAGUCCCACAUGCUCGAGGAUCCCAAGGAUAAACAGGAAAAUCUACUCAACUCCAAGAGGCCUACUAGGGUCUUCACGGAGACCAACCACACCCAAGGAGAGGCUCCAGCUUUGCGCAGGAACCCAGGGUCACCAACAAUUCAGUUGAUUGAAAAACAGCAAGGGACGAAGAUCCUUUUCAGGAAGUUCAGUGAAACGAAUUGGUCGGUGGACAUUCUCCCUUUAAAUAAAAGCUUAGUCACAGACAGCAAAUGGAAGAGAAUUGAUGCAAUUCAAGAAAAACGUAGGUCUUUCCUUCGGGAAUUUUGCAAGAAAUACGGUGGGGUGAGUCGUCCUCAAUCCCACGUUUUUCACAUGGUCUCCAGGAUCUACGUAGAAGAUAAACACAAGAUCUUAUAUUGUGAAGUACCCAAGGCUGGCUGCUCCAACUGGAAGCGAAUUCUGAUGGUGCUCAACGGCUUGGCCCCCUCUGCGGACAACAUCUCCCAUGAUGCUGUUCACUACGGGAAGCACUUGAAAAAGCUUGACAGCUUUGACUUAAAAGGGAUUUAUAGUCGUUUAAACACCUACACCAAAGCUGUGUUUGUUCGUGAUCCCAUGGAAAGAUUAGUGUCAGCAUUUAGGGACAAAUUUGAACAUCCCAAUAGUUAUUACCAUCCAGUAUUUGGAAAGGCAAUUAUAAAGAAAUAUCGGCCGAAUGCCUGUGAAGAAGCAUUAAAUAAUGGAUCUGGAGUCAAAUUCAAAGAGUUCAUCCAUUAUUUGCUGGACUCGCACCGUCCUGUAGGAAUGGACAUUCACUGGGAAAAGGUCAGCAAACUCUGCUAUCCCUGUUUGAUCCACUAUGAUUUUGUAGGGAAAUUUGAAACUUUGGAAGAAGACGCCAAUUACUUUUUACAGCUGAUUGGAGCUCCAAAAGAACUGAAAUUUCCCAACUUUAAAGACAGACACUCUUCUGAUAAAAGAACCAAUGCUCAGGUGGUGGGACAGUAUUUAAAGGAUCUGACUAGAACUGAGAGACAGUUAAUCUAUGACUUUUAUUACUUGGACUAUUUGAUGUUUAAUUAUACAACUCCAUUUUUGUAGUUUGCUUUCUUUUUCUAAAACUCUGUAUUGACUUUAUGCCGAUGGCCUCAAAUCAGCUAGCUGUAACUUUCCUAUAAUUCUCUGUAUGAAAAAAAUUUAACUAAGUGCAGUUGUCUUGAUUGAAUGAAGAUUUUUGCUAAAUAUUAUGAAACCAAUUGGCACAAAGUUAUAGGAAAAUUACCUAACAGAGACAUGUAAACAAUUUCAGUUACUCUAGAAUGUUUGGGAAAGAGCUGCUUUUGCAUUGUGGAUUAUAUUAUAGAAGCAAUAACCCAGCCAGCUGCUACAUAAGCUACAACUGCCUCUUUCAAGGGUAGGAAAAACGAUCAAAAAUAGCAUGAGUCUCUGUCUCCAUCCUGGAAUCUGUUGUCUAAAGCGCAUGGAGAUAUUUUUAGCAGUCUGUGGCAUAUGAAUCAAACAUUGGAUAGUUUUCUUACACCCCUGGAAAUGUUUCCAUCAACUGUAAUGAUAAAUCAAUUCUGAAAUGGCAUUUUGGACCUGAAUGUUUUACUUUAGAUUGGAAGGCAUUAUGUGAUUUACAAUAUGAGAAUAUAACAGAAAAACCAGAUGAGGCAAUGGCUUUUUAUAUUCGACAGCCAAUAAAAAAUGCACAACAUGCUAAGAUCAAAGCAACAAAAGCAACCUUCCACUUCCAGAAAAACUUAAGGGAAUUGACUCCAUUUUCUUUUGAGCCCAUUGCAGAGACAAAAUGAAUGUCAUCACUAAAGGUCUUCCCUUUUGAAGCCCAAGAUGGAGAAGUUUAAGCUUCAUCAGAUACAAAUGUGCUCCUCAUUCUGGUUUAAUUGGGUAGAGGGGAAAUUGUUUCAGGAUGGAAUAAUCAUCAAAAACAAAAGUUGCCACUCUGAAUAUAGAUCUCAAAUGAUAACAAAGUUUUAUAAGAAUAGCAUCAAAAACAAAAGUUGCCACUCUGAAUAUAGACCUCAAACAAUAACAACGUUUUAUAAGAAUACUACUUGAAUCAAAGCAUCAUGUGCAUAGCUUUAGAUGGAAAUGCACUCUAAGAAUAGCUUUUGUCUAAUUAUUCAGCUUGGGAAUGAUUUUUUUAAAACUAAUAUACCACUUCAAAGAUAGAUUACAUUCUAGAGAAUAAACAGGAGAGCCCCUAGAAAUGUUGUUUUUAAUAGGCUUCUGCAUAAACAAAAUAAGAUAUUUUUCUUUUCAAGUUUAUUCUCUACUAACAGAAUCAAAUACUAUUGUAUUCAUAUAGUCAGAGUCUUAGGAAAAUAGGACUGUGUGUCACCCCUAUGAAAAGUUGUAAUGCAUUUUGGAAAUUUUUUCCAAGAGACCCUAAAUUGGUAGAUGCACUUGGAUGGGAAAUUUAAUUGGCUGACAGUUACACAGAGUUAAGCAAACCACACAUUCAAACCCUGUUCAAACACUUUUCUUGAAUGCAUUCCUCUCCUCCAACUAUCUUUUUUUCUUGUCAGUAAAUAUUGAGCAAUGUCUCUCCAAGAAAGGGAGGUAUUAAUAUUUGAAUAUUAAUAGACCAACAUAGCUACACUCAUGCUUAUUUCAUUUUGACUUUCCAUUUCAUGGCUGAGUUUUCAUGAAUUGAUUCCCUCUUAACACUCGCGUGCCCCAUUCCAUCUGUCUCCUGAGGAGAGGGGAACUGCAAUGGGCCGCCAGAUCAUAAGUACUAAACCUUCUAAAACCCAACUUUUACUACUUUUCCACUCCAUUUACUCUUGCCUCUAAACCAUGCACUUAAGCUGUGCUCUCUGUCUUUGAGGAGUUUUACUCGAGUCAUCUAAAUGGUAUCAUUUAGCUUUUGCUAUACCGUGUAGAGAGGAUUCCCAGUCACUUAGCGACAUUGAGCUUAGCUUUUUAUGGAGGAAAAGAGCGAAAGAACAGAAAAUAUGCCAAGAAGCCUAACAUUUUAUGCCUAAACUACACAAAACUUGUUUUACAUGGGAUCUUGAUAUAAAGGGGAGAUGCAGUUUUCUCAAAGUUACUCUUGAAACCAUAUAAAGAACAAACAAAAAACCUUUCUGUUCAUAACUUGGAAAGAAGAAGGUGGAAACAAGGAUCCUGUCUCUCCUAUUAGCAUCUCUGAUGCACUUGAAACUAUGGAAUAUACUCUGUGUUUAUACACACAAUCAUAUAAUAUACAUAUGCAAUCAUAUAUAUAUGCACAUUUGACAUUGGUGAUAGAGCAGAGGGGUGAGAGGAAGAAAAUUAUACACAGUGCUCUCUAUCAAAGCUCUUCUGAGAAUUCCCUAGUGGUCCAGCAGUUAGGACACCAUACUUCCACUGCAGGGAACCUGGGUUCAAUCCCUGAUAGGGAGCUGGAUCCCACACGCCAAGAAGUGUGGCAAAAAAAAAAAGCUGUUCUGUAUAUUACGCUGUAAAAGUUCCUUUCCUGACCCUUUCUAUAGAGCUUCUGUAACCAUUAGAGGCCCUGUAGACAUUCUUUUCUUCAGUGGACUCUCUGAUGCCAGCUGGCAUCUUGUGUGGUUGAGUUCCAGGGGCCAUGUGUGUUAUUAUGAAGGAAGAACAUUUUUAUGUACCUGUUCUUCCUUCCAAAUGACGUCUUUUUGUGUUAGGGUCAAAGAAGCUGCCAUAAUCCUGGAUUCCUUGGGAUUUUAAAUACACUUCCCUUUUGUGUUUGCAUGCGUGUUAGUUGCUCAGUUGUGUCUGACUCUUUGUGAUCCCAUAGUCUGCAGCCCAUGAGACUCCUCUGUCCAUGGGAUUUUCCAGGCAAAAUACUAGAGUGGGUAGCCAUUCCCUUCUCCAGGGGAUCUUUCCAACCCAGGGAUCGAACCUGGGUCUCCUGCAUUGUGUCUGAAUUCUUUACCAGCUGAGCCAUCAGGGAAGCCCCAUUUCCCAUUUAUCUCCCCUGAAUUACUCUAUUUCUCAGACCAGCUUACGUUCACCUUUGUCAUUUCUGCCUGUGUGCAAAUGCCAAAUGUGAGCAUCGCUGCUCCAUUGGACACUCACCAUUUCUUGGAUGUAGUUUCCUACAGGCAAGUGACCAAAUCUGGACUCAUCUUCCAGAUGUCCAAUGUUCCUAUUUGAACAUUAGCAUGCUUUAGGUGUAAUUGUUAGUCCUCUAAUUAAACCCUAAGGAUCUUAUUUAUUUUUAUAGGCAGCAGUAACACAGGCCCCUUCAUCCUGUUAUUCUCCUGUCUGGAAUUACUCUUAGGGUAACAAGUGGGCAAUUACACCCAGAAUCAUAGUUAUUUAACCUGGUAAACUACCUAUGGAUGGGCAUUAUUGAUGUGACUGUGCCCAGAAACUGCCACCAACUUCAAUGGAGAUGUAUACACAGGACACCCAACAUUCUGACACCUAACUUGUUAUUGAACUUCACAGUUUAUAACUAUCCAGCAAUUCAAGAACUACUUGUACAUCAUUUAUAAUUACAGAGUGCAAAAAAAGACUUACGCUUUUUCAUGAAUAAUUAUUCUUCAAAAAGGUGUUAUCUCCCAAACACUGUGUAUUAGUGUUUAGCUGCAGGGAAUUUAUAAGCAGACACAGAGAAUUUUUGAAUACUAGACUUCUCUUUGAAAAGAUCACUUGCUGAAUUGGUAGAAGUUGGAAUUAGUAGGCUGGGUUACGAUAAACAUCUCCUUACUCUGAAUGCUCAUCUGGCCCCUUGGGGCAUCUUUCAAACUCUAGGUCUUGUAGACUAUGGUGAAGCAGAAAAUUUUGCCCCUGGCUAACAUCCCUAAAGUGUUCUGAUAUUUGAAGAAUGGUUGACAAAGGCAUUUAAUGGUAGAUAGAUAGCGCUAGUGGUAAAGAACCCACCUACCAAUGCAGGAGACUCGGAGUUCAGUCCCUUGGUCGGGAAGAUUUCCUGGAGGAGGACAUGGCUACCCACUCCAGUAUUCUUGAGAAUCGCAUGGACAGAGGAGCCUGGCAGACUAUAGUUCAUAGGGUCACAAAGAAUCAGACACAACUGAAGUGACUUAGCAUGCAUGCAACCACCUCAGACCAGGGCUAACAUAAUUUAGUCCUACUGUUCUGGUCAUACCGUUAGGGUCUCAAUCUUAAUCAUAAUCGUUAAUAAUAAUAUUCAUAAUCAUAGCUAAUAGUUAUUCAAUACCUAAGUGCUUUUCAUGCAUUAACUUAAUCUUCGCAGUCAAUCUAAGCUGUGCUGUGCUUAGUCGCUCAGUCAGGUCUGACUCUGUGUGACCCCAUGGACUAGUCCGCCAGGCUCCUCUGUUCAUGGGGAUUCUCCAGGCAAGAAUGCUAGAGUGUGUUGCCAUACCCUCUUCCAGGGAAUCUUCCCAGCCCAGUGGUCAAACCCAGGUCUCCCACCUUGCAGGCAGAUUCUUUACCAUCUUUGCCACCAGGGAAGCCCAAGAAUAUUGGAGUGGGUAGCCUAUCCUUUCUCCAGGGGAACUUCCUGACCCAGGAAUCAAACCAGGGUCUCCUGCACUGCAGGCAGAUUCUUUACCAGCUGAGCUACCUAUCUAAGAUAGGUGUUAUAUGCACCCACUUCCCCUAUAUAAUAAAGGAAACUAAAAUAGGCUAUGCUUAAAAGAGGCAUGACUGGUAAUUAGGUGGGGUGAUAGAAUGAUUCCAACCAGAAAAUACCACUACCAUUCUUAAAAUAAUAGACAGGAAGUCUUCUACAUACAAGCCUUCAAGUGUGAAUUUUCAAAAAUCCAAACGUGCAUUCUAUCAACAUCAGGCAUGAGUGAAAUUGCAGUUUGCCCUCCAUCUCCUGUUGCCGACGAUCCUUCAGCUCUGCCGUCUCCCACCUCCUCACUCUCCUCCAGUCAGUAACUCUUCUUGCCUGUUCACUCCAUGCCAGCCCCUGUAUGCCAGCUGCUGUACUGCACUACUGUACUUUUCAAGGUACUGUACUGUAAGAUUAAAAAUGUUUUAUUUUUG